UUGAUUACAUUUUCUCCAAAGGCUGACCUAGGAAAGAAUUCUUUGAAAACAUCAGAGAGAGAGAGACAGAGAGGAGAGGCGAUCGUGUGUCCAGACGGCCGGGCCUUCUCAGUCUCUUUUCCCUUCUCGCUGGGGAAACACUGCCGGCCGCCUCCAGGACGGCUGCCGGGGGGCCCCGGGGGACCUGGGUUCCUGCCGAGCUGUCAGCACCGUGUGCCCCCCACCGCCCCGUGUGCCAGGCAGGGAAGACAGCACCUUCAAAAAGCCCCCGAAACGGCCAGCGAGGGGUCCACGAGGUUGACCCACCUGUGCAGCUGCGGGGCUCGGCUCGGCAUGGCGUCCUUGUUGGAUUUUGUAAGCCUCCUCAUGCUCCUGAGCUCAGCAUGCACUGAAGAGCCAGACCCUGCACAGGAGAAUGUAUCUCCCGUUAUCAACAUGAAGCUAGAUCCAAGGAAAAAGAUGUUAACCUGGAAUAACAGGAGAAAUGUGACUUGGCAAGAAUGCAAAAUAGACACGCCGCCCAGCUCUCCCACCAGGCUGAUCCCACAGGUCAAAGACAACGACACCUACUUCUGCAUCUUUCCCAACUGUGUGCUGCAUAGAGGUGCCCUCCUGACCAUCAAUGUCACUGCGGAGGGGGACGUGUUUCAGCACGAGCUGGCCUUUCAUAAUUCAGGCAAGGAAGGUUCCAGAGCCAUCAACUUCUCCUGUCUCAUUUACAAUAUCCGGUUCAUGAACUGCAGCUGGAUGCCGGGCCCAGCCGCCCCCGCCGAUGUGCAGUACCACCUGUAUGCCUGGACCUCCAUGUAUGAGGAUGACGAGGUGGAAUGCCCCCACUACCUCUUUGGCUCGACGGGGACACACGUGGGCUGCCACUUUGAUACACUUGCCGAACCCAAGUCGACAGAUAAUUACUUCUUCUUGGUGAACGGAACCAGCCAAGAGACGGCAAUCCAGUUUUUGGACUUUACUCCAUUUAAAGCCACUGAAAUGGAAAAAUACAACCCACCCGCAAACCUCACGGUUAGCUAUAAUGGAUCCCAUCACGUCGUCCGGUGGGACAAUCCUGAGACGCGAUUUGACAUUUCAAGUCACAUCUUGUGUUAUGAACUGGACUUUCAAAUAAAGGGCAGCUCCUCCAAGAGAGAUCCCGUUUUCCAAAGAGGAAGUGAUAAAAACGUGUACCUGAUUCCGAGUUCUGCCGCGAGAGCCGAGAACACCUUUCGAGUGAGAGUGAAGUACGCGUACAAAGACCUUUGGAGUGACUGGAGUGGCACACUGCACUUUGGCCUCCCAGAGCCGGACUUCCGGGGCCCCCCUGUAGCCCUGGUGGGGCUGGUGGUGGGGGCAGCGGCCUUGCUCAUCACGGUCCUCAUGUUCCUGUGUACGAGGUUCUCGCUGAGACAAAAGCUAUUCCCCCCAGUUCCCCAGGUGAAAAGGGAGGUGACUGGCAUGUUUGUGUUCUUGCCUGAGGUUUCCUGGGAUAACGAUCACCCACCUCCAGGCUCGCAGGAACCCGAGGACGUUCUCAUGGUGGAAGAAACACCGUCCUCUGCGAGUGGGCAAGCGGAAAUGGGGUCGGCCCCCCACGGCUCCGAAAACGUCCCUCCCGAGGGGCGUGCACUGGCUGUGUGAACGGUUUCUGACGUGACUCCCCACACACCGUCCCCUCCCUGCCCUGCGGCCUUUCCGCCUGCUUGCUUCCGAGUCCGCUGACCACGGGCGGCCACCUGGCCAAUGGCUCUGAGGCCCGUGCGGAUGGGAUUGAUGCCAGCUCAGAUUUGGAACCACCUGUCCCACUAAGCAGCUAGCGAAUGUCCAGGUGAUGAGAUAGGGAGACGAUUGAUGGAGUUCUAGAAAGUUCCAGAGUGGGUCCCCUUUGGUGAGUGGGUAUGCGUUGGAAAUCCUUGCAGGUGGUCACCAGGCUGUGCACAGUACAAUGGCGGUGACAGGGUGACAGAGACGAAGGACACAGACUCCUGGUGGAGACACCUCUGCAUUCUGUGACUGGUGUCGGUGUGGGCUCCUGGGUUCCUUUUGUAAGCAAUGUGGGGGUGGGGGGUACACCACCCGAUCGAUGCCCGUUUAUCUCCACGGCCACAUGCUGGACCGUCCAUGACGGAUGUAAAAUAGAAGAAGCUGCAAAGUAGGAGGAGCCAGAAUGAAACGGCCAGACAUGACGUAUCUCCGCGGCUUCCCAGGCUUGGGACGAUCCCAUCCGGCUGUGGACAAGGCACUUGCUUCUGAGUUCAUCAUCUAAGAGGAUGCAACAUGCAGGAAAGGUACAGAGAUGCCUGCGCUGGUGCAGGACGGUCCAUAAUACUCAAAGAAAACGCCGCUGAGUGUUUGUUCCCAGAUGUGUUAGGAAAACGUGAUGCAGGCCACGCAGCUUUGGGGAAAGGCGGUGCUGAUGAGCCUUUGCUCAAAGAAGCACAUUCACAGCGUGGCUUUUGUAAAGUAGGAAAGUUAGGGCACAGCCCGCAGGUGAGACCUACACAGGUGAGGUGGUGUGUGCAUGUGUGUGUGCACGUGCGUGUGCCAGCUGUGUGCAAGUGUGUGUGCAGGCAUGUGCAGGUGAUAUG